CCCUCCCGCCGCGCCAAAUGCAGGCCGUCGCCCUCCCCGAGGAGAUCCGUUGGCUCUUGGAAGACAUUGAAGAUUUCCUGGCAGAAGGUUUGAGGAAUGAGAACCUCAGUCCUGGUGCAAGAGACCAGAGGGACCACAUUCUCCGGGGCUUUCAGCAAAUCAAGUCCAGGUACUGCUGGGAUUUUCCUCCCCAUGGAGACCUUGGCCAGGACAGCUCAGAUGACAAUCUCAGCGGGACUCACGGCCCACCCCUCACAUCAGAUGCAUCCUUUUGGUCAGAUUAUCAGGAUGAGGGAGUGGAAGAUAUCAUAAGAGGAGCUCAAGAGCUUGAAAACAUCAUCAAGCAAGGAUACUUGGAGAAGAAAAGCAAAGAUCAUAGCUUCUUCGGGUCGGAGUGGCAGAAGCGAUGGUGUGUUGUCAGCAGAGGCCUCUUCUACUACUACGCUAAUGAGAAAAGCAAACAACCCAAAGGAACCUUCCUCAUUAAGGGCUACAGUGUCCGGAUGGCCCCGCACCUGCGAAAAGACUCCAAGAAAGAAUCCUGCUUUGAACUGACCUCCCAGGAUAAGCGCAGCUAUGAGUUUACAGCUCCUAGUCCAGCUGAAGCCAGAGACUGGGUGGAUCAAAUAAGUUUCUUGCUAAAGGAUCUGAGCUCCUUAACCAUUCCCUGUGAAGAGGAAGAGGAGGAGGAGGAACAAGAAGAAGAGAAAGAAGAGGAAGAGAUGUACGAUGAUAUUGAUGGUUUUGACUCCCCGAAGUCUGGGUCCCAGUGCAGACCCAUGGUCUUGCCUGGGGGCCUGGCAAUGACAGAGCCUGCAGAGAAAGAAGAGGACAUUUAUGAAGUUCUACCAGAUGAAGAGCAUGAUCUAGAAGAGGAUGCGCAUGGCACUCAACGAGGAGUGGACUAUGCCAAUUAUUACCAGGGCCUAUGGGAUUGCCAUGGUGACCAGCCAGAUGAACUGUCCUUCCAACGGGGUGACCUCAUUCGCAUUCUGAGCAAGGAAACAUUCUUCUCUAUAUCCUGCCUUGAUGAAAAAACAGACUGUCAAGAAUCCCCAGUCUCUACUCUGGCAGUGGACUCCUUACUGAACAGACUCAAGAUUCUGCUACUUCAUGUGACUGCAAAAGGCUCAUAAGACAAGUGUGAAGAGGGCAGUUCAUCAAACCCGUAGCUAAAACAGCCAGCUCCUAGUGCAUCCCCAUCUCUAAGCAUGUCCACAUGCCCGCAUCUGCCUUUUCUACAGGUUGCUGCAAAGAAGCCAAUGCAAAGGAAAUCUCAGGAGGAAGAAGCUCCUCACUGCUUG